UCAAAAUGCUGUCAACUAGGUAUAUGUCAUGAGUCACAACUGUAAUGAAUAAAUUAAAGUUUCUUUAUUUUGAACUCAGGUUUUAAAGCUUCGCUUCGGUUAUUUACAACAAACGUUACGCAGUGUAAAGACCUGUUUUAUGUGCAAAAUCUAUUCAUUCAACUGUGGCGGAAAUACUUGUAUAAAGCGGAAUUUAACUACGCUGUACGGAAAUUAAUUAUAACAAAGUGUUUGCAGUACAAUAAUAACACGAAAUUUAAAAAAAAACAUCAUGUGGGACAAGUUUAUUUAUGUUUUUGUGAUUACUUUGACAACAUACAUUUUAAAACAGCUUUUCUCAGAGACUCCUAAUUUUAUAAAAUACAAAUCGAAAUUCCUGAUAUUUUAUUUCACCGCUUCUGUGGUUUCAUUAAUUUUAAUGCCAUUCUUUGUAUUUAACCCGAAAAAUGUUAUGAAUUCAUUAUUUGGUACACAAAUAAUAAAACAUGUAACUAAAGUUAUUGAGGUCAAAUGGUUUUUAAGAAAUGGAAAAGUAUUAGCUGAAGACAGGGGAGCAGUAAUUGUGUCCAAUCAUCAAUCUUCCCUUGAUAUUCUCGGUAUGUUCAAUAUUUGGCAUGUAGCUGUUAAAAUAGCAGCUAUAGCAAGAAAGGAAAUAUUCUAUGUAUGGCCAUUUGGAUUAGCAGCGUAUCUAGCUGGAGUCGUAUUUAUAGACAGAAAUAAUUCUAAAGAUGCAUACAAACAACUUAAAAUUACAUCUGAUGUGAUGAUAAACAACAAGACAAAGAUAUGGGUGUUCCCUGAGGGAACAAGGAAUAAAGACUUCACAACGCUAUUACCGUUUAAGAAAGGUGCUUUCAAUAUAGCCGUUGCUGCCCAAGUUCCAAUUCUACCAGUUGUCUUCUCACCAUACUAUUUUAUAAAUUCAAAGAAAUUCAUAUUCAAUAAAGGUCACGCUAUCAUCCAGUGUUUAGAGCCAGUGCCAACUGAAGGAUUAACAAUGAAUGAUGUCCCCGAACUCAUUGUUAAAGUACGGACCAUGAUGGAGAAUGCAUACAAGGAGUUAUCUAAGGAAGUGCUCAGUGCUUUACCCCCUGACUACCCUCUUGCGACUAUGGACUGAUGAUUUGUGAGUCAUAACAGAAUAUUUUUUAUAAUGUUCUGUAGGUUCAAAUUGAUAUUUUUUUAAUACUUAAUACUUUUCUGAGAGGAAUUCUCUUUUUCUAUUCGAUGCAGAUUUAAAUAUGCAGAUAGGGGUGACCAAACAUUUAUAAAGUAUUUUUUCGAGCAUGUCGGUAGAAUUUUUUUUUUUUAUAUUUUUCAAAAUGGCAAUAGAGUAGGAAAAAUAUUCUACAAAUAACGUUAGAAUUAAUAUGCAUUGUGGUAACUACAAUUUUACAAAAAAAAACUAGGAAAGAUAGAUCUAGAUCUUUUACAGAUAUUAUUAAGCUGUAAUAACUUAAGUUUACUGAAAAUAAUAUUUUAAAGUUCCUGUCUACAUAUUUAAAUCUUUAAGUACUAAAUAGUUAUGUGACAUGAAAAAAAAAUGUGAUUUUUCUUGUUUUUUUUUAACUAACAACAUCGAAACACAUAAUCAGUGAUAAAUAUUAAUAGUAAUUAAAUAACGACGCAGAAAAUCUCAGAUUUUUUUAUAUUUAUUGAAUUUUAUCAUGUGUGUGUUUAAAUUAGAUGUAUGAAAAAUUUUACGAUUUCAAUUUGAACUAGAAAUCAGAGUAUGGUUGGUUUAUUUGAACACAUAAACUUACAUGUUUUUUUAUGUUAAAUGAAUUUUUAGUGUAUAUUUUAAUAAGGUAUCAAAUAUGAAGUCUUUUAGUAUUUUAAAGCUUUAUUUUAUAACAGCUUGAAAUUAAGAUGUAUAAGUGACGUGAUUUUAUUUCGAAAAAUAGGAAAUUUUACACAUGUCAAAACCAAAAAUUUAUACGAAAAUCUUCUUAUAAUAUUUUUCUUUUAAAAUGAUAUUGCCCACCAUUUUUAAAUAAAUGCUAUAUGCAUUUAUUUGCUUUGUGAUAAUAUUUUUAGCCAAUUACAACCUUAUAUCUUAAUGUCACUAUUUUUUUUUAUAAUUUAAGAUAUUUAGGCUUUUACUUAGGAUUUUUUUGGAUAUAUGAGUCAGAUUAAAUUCGCAAUGUAACGAAAUCGUGAAAGGAAAAACAUUUGACAGUUUUAUUUAUUAUACUAAGUGCUUAGUAUUCUGGUAAGGACCAACACGUUUGUUGCAUAAAUCCAUAGGAUAUGGUAACCAGGCAAUCUCAUAAAAUAGGACAAUCAUUAUAUUAAAAUCACGAAAUUUAAUAUGCGCAUGUGUGCGCCUCUGAUAUUCGUUACUCACACAAUGGUGGGACUGAUAAGCUAUUUAAGCGCAUACGAAGGACGCCGGCAAACUAUUUGGGUAUAUGAUUACGCAAGCAUAUAGAAACGCAGUCCCUUUUGAACAAUCCCUAAAAAUCUUUUACUCAUCUCUCUUCAUGUAAAAAGCUCAACCAUUCUUAAUACUGAUGGUAAUUGCAAAUGAUAAUAGACAAUACUGGUUGGUUUACUUUAAACAAAUAUAAGUCGAAUCAAUUAAAAAAAAACCUGCCAAUUUUUUUUUUUAGCCAUUUUGUGUUAAA